ACUUCCAUGCCAAUGCAGACUGUAUGUCCCUACUGUGGGAAACACAUCAUCACGGUGACAACCCCUGUCCCAGGCAUCCUCUCCUGGCUGCUAUGCGGUGGCCUCUUUAUAUUUGGGGGCUUCCUGGGCUGCUGCUUCCUCCCCUUCUUUGUGAGGAGCCUCAUGGACGUGAGUCACUCCUGUCCCGUGUGCCAGCAGGAACUCUUCCACCACCAUCGCCUGAAACUUGCACUAUAA